UUUCCCCCCCUCUCUUUUCCACAGUUUACUAAAGGCGUACUUUUCUUUUUUAGGCUUAAAUACAAAGUCAAUAAGAAUGUCAAUAGUCACAGUCCAGCUUGGUCAGUGCGGUAAUCAGGUUGGUCAUGAGGUGUUUAAUGCUAUCUGCAGUGACGUCCGUGGCACACAUGGGUUGUGCUCCAAGAAGGAGAAUGAAUCCUACCAUGAUGCUUGCAAAGAACGUUUUUUCAGUGAGGAGGAACCUGAAGUACCUGUUGCCCGGGCUGUGCUUGUUGACAUGGAACCUAAAGUAAUCAGCCAAACCUUAUCAAUAGCUGCCAGGUCUGGCUGCUGGAAAUACGAUGAUCGGUCGCACUUCUGUCAGAAGCAAGGGUCUGGAAACAACUGGGCGAAUGGGUACUCUGUUCACGGGCCUAGACACAAAGAAGUAAUAAUGAAUCUGGUACAAAAAGAAGCAGAGAAAUGUGAUCGGCUCGGUGGAUUUUUCACAAUAAUGAGCAUGGCUGGUGGUACAGGAUCUGGCUUGGGAGCAUUUGUGACCCAGUGUUUAAGAGAUGCUUUUCCAACCUCAUUUAUACUAAACCAUGUUAUCUGGCCCUACGGCACUGGUGAGGUCAUUGUUCAAAACUACAACUCUGUUUUGACUCUGUCACAUCUGUACCAGUCAUCAGAUGCCCUUCUUGUUCAUGAAAAUGAUGUCAUUCACAAGAUCUGUGCUCAGCUGAUGAAUAUUAAACAGAUCUCCUUCAGGGAUGUAAAUCAAGUCAUUGCCCAUCAGCUGGGGAGUGUCUUCCAGCCCACGUACACAGCAGAAAGUGGCUUACGCUAUAGCAGAAACCCAUUAGGAGACUUAAUGGAGGCGUUAGUUCCACAUCCCGAAUUCAAGAUGUUGGGUCUUCGUAACAUACCUCAGAUGCCUGAAAACUCCCUCGCUUAUAGCACAUUCACUUGGCCUGGACUCAUCAAACAUUUAAGGCAGAUGCUCAUUGCUAAUGCUAAAAUGGAGGAAGGUAUUGAUUGGCAAGUACGGCCACCGCGUCUAGGCUCCUCCAUCGCCUCCAGUCAUUCCACAAACAAGCCGCUGCAUUUCAAUACUUCCAUUGCCAACCUGGUUAUCCUGCGAGGAAAAGAUACGCACAGUGUAGACUUAGGAAGUUUCCGAGAUCCCUCAUUAUACACAUCGUGGCUAAACCCUCAGGAUGCUUUUAAUGCCUGGAAAACACCAAGAGCAUUUAACAAGUAUGAAAAGUCUGCUGCUUUGGAAAGCAAUAGCCAGUUCCUGCUAAAAGCUUGGAAUAUGUUUGCUUCCAAAGCCUAUAUUCACCAGUACACUAAAUUUGGCAUUGAAGAAGAAGAUUUCCUGGACAGCUUCACAGCUCUGGAACAAGUUAUCUCCAGUUACACCACCCUUUGA